CCGGCUUGGAAUGACCCACGGCGGCCUAAACUCCCCGCAGCCCCGCGCCCCGUAGGCCACCUGGAACUUUCCACUUUUGCAUCAAAACUUUCGGCGGCUCUGAACUCGCUCCGUGGGUUCUGGUCCCCGGCUGGCCUGCAGAGCCGAGGCACCCGUCCCCACAUGUCCCAGCCUUCUUCCCCAAAGUUCACCACGACCACCAGCCGAAGGAGAACGCAGGAACCGGGGAUUCGCCGAGCACCGGGGACGGUCAUGUAUCUACCGAGAGAGACCCGGCGAAGGGACGGCGGCGGCAGCCCCGCGGCGGCUAACCGGAGGAAAGCGCCGGUGGAAACGAUGUGCCUCCUGGGAAUCAUCUGCCUCCAAGUCCUGUCCGUCCAGGCCGCCGCCUUCCAGUUCAUGAAGGAGCCCAAGUCCCAGGAUGCCUUGCACGGCCGCAGCGCCAUGCUGCGCUGCGAGGCCAGCGAUCCGGUCGGCGUCGGCUACAGCUGGCGUCACAACGGCCAGCCUCUGCUAGAGAGCCCUCGCCGCUUCCUGGAGGGCAGCAACCUCAAGUUCACCGCCGUGGAUCGCCAGCAGGACGCGGGGAGCUUUGUGUGCAUCGCCGAAAACUCCAUCACAGGAGAGUCCCUCGAGUCCACCAAUGCCUCCUUCAAUAUCAAGUGGCUGGAAAGUGGCGGUGUGACGUUGAAGGAGCCCGCCUCAGAAGGCGAGAUCGAGAGCUCCGCGCCGGUCGUGCUGCGCUGUCAAAUUGACGGACACCCGCGGCCGACGUGCCAGUGGUUCAAGGACGGGGUGAAGCUGAUGGAGAAGAGCCACCAGAUCAACAACAAGGAGAGGACGCUCACCUUUACCAGUGCCAGUCCGGAUGACAACGGCCUGUACUACUGCUGUGCCAAGAACGCCGCCGGGCACGUCUGCAGCAACAGCAACUUCACUCUCGACAUUAUAGACAAGAGUUUUCCGCGGGCGGUGGUCACCCCCGAGGACCAGGUGGUGUUGAAGAACGAGGAGGCCCAGUUCCACUGCCAGUUCACCGCCGUUCCGCCCCCCACGUUGGAGUGGUACCACGAAAAAGAGCUGGUGGCAAACAAGACCCGUCUGUUCGUGCUACAAAACGGCACCCUGCAGAUCACCCAGGUCAAGCCCAGGAACACGGGGACCUACAGGUGUGUCGGCCGUGGCCUCACAGGGUCCUCUGUCACCCUGAAGGCCUCCCUCCUCAUAGCUGAGAUCGAGGACAUGGUGCCCAAGAUGUCGAAGGUUUUCACCGCGGACACCCUGCAGCGGGUGGCCUGUCGGCCCCCACGUGGCAGACCUGAGCCCGAGGUCUGGUGGGAGAGAGGAGGUCAGCGGGUGUCCACGGAGGGCCGGGUGCACCAGGACGGCCUGGACCUGGUUUUCAGUCCCACGCAGGAGGGAGACUCUGGCAUCUACACCUGCGUGGCCCAGAACAGGGCGGGACGCAGGACCCAGGAGGUCACCUUCACCGUGGCCACCGCCCCGGUGUGGGUGACGAAGCCUCAGGACAGUCACCUCGAGGAGGGUAAACCAGGUUUCCUCCACUGUCAAGCCCAGGCCAACCCCGAACCGGAGGUCACGUGGAUGCGCAACAACGUUGUGCUCACGCCAGAGGACUCUCGAUUCAAGCUGUUCGCUAACGGCACCCUCCGGAUCAACAAUGUGGAGGUGUACGACGGACAGAUUUACGGCUGUGAAACCAGGACUGUAGGCGGCCGACUGAAUGGGCAAGCUAGAGUUACUGUACUGGAGAAGCUGAAGUUCACCCCGACCCCCCAGCCUUCUCAGUGCCUGGAGUUGGACAAGGAGAUCACCAUUCAGUGCUCCGCUAAAGGCAGAGAGCCCCCGACCAUCCGCUGGACCAAAGCAGAUGGAGGAGAGCUGCCGCCCCGGGUGAAGCAAAGGAACGGCCAGCUCACCUUUACCAAAGUCACCCGCAGCGACGCCGGUAACUACACCUGCAUCGCCUCCAACAGCCUGCAGGGGGAGAUCCGAGCCCUGGUGACCCUCAUUGUGGCCGUGUACAUCCGCUUUAAGGUGGAACCAGAGAACACAACGGUGUACCAAGGUUACACAGCCGUCCUGCACUGUCAGGCCACCGGCGACCCCCAACCUCACAUCCACUGGAUGGCCAAGGACAAGACGCUGGACAUCAGCAGGAACCGCAGGUUCCAGAAGAUGCCCAAUGGCUCCCUGGUGAUUUCUGAUGUUACUACAGAUGACACGGGCAGGUACACGUGUGUGGCCGGCAACAGCUGCAGCAUCAAAGACCGCGUGGCCAAGUUGUACGUAGUGGAAAAACCAAUGCACUCCUUCGACGAUGACGUUGACAAGGCUCCCUACAAGAUGAUCCAAACCAUUGGCCUGUCAGUGGGAGCGGCCGUGGCUUACAUCAUCGUUGUGCUCGGACUCAUGUUCUACUGCAAAAAGAGACGCAACGCUAAGAGGCUGCAGAAGGGACAGGACGGGGAGGAGCCCGAGAUGGAGUGUCUGAACGGAGGAACUGUCCAACAAAACGGCCACACCACCACCACUGAGAUCCAAGAAGAGGUGGCCCUCACCAAUAUGGGUACCAUGGCAACGGCCGAGAAGCGCCACAGCCACGUCAACAACGAUAAGCUCCACUUCCCUCGAGCAAACCUACAAACCAUCACCACUUUGGGCAAGGGGGAGUUUGGUGAGGUGCUGCUGUGCAAAGCCAAGGGUAUCGAGGAGAGCGAGGAGGAGACGGUGGUGCUGGUGAAGAGCCUGCAAGCCAGAGACGAGCAGCUCCAGCUGGACUUCCGCCGCGAGGCCGAAAUGUUUGCGAAGCUCAGCCACCCCAACGUCGUCCGCCUGCUGGGCCUGUGUCGGGAGGCCGAGCCCCACUACAUGAUCCUCGAGUACUACGACCUGGGAGACCUAAAGCAGUUCCUGAGGAUCUCCAAAAGCAAAGACGACAAGGUGAAAUCUCAGCCUAUCAGCACCAAGACCAAAGUUUCCAUCUGUGCCCAGGUGGCUCAUGGGAUGGAGCACCUGUCCAACCACCGCUUCGUGCACAAAGACCUCGCUGCCCGAAACUGCCUGAUCAACAGUCAGAGGCGCGUUAAAGUGUCGUCGCUCAGCCUCAGCAAGGACGUCUACAACGGCGAGUACUACCACUACAGACAGGCGUGGAUCCCGCUGCGCUGGCUCCCAUCAGAGUCUGUGUUCGAGGACGACUUCUCCACCAAGUCUGAUGUCUGGGCCUUUGGCGUCUUGAUGUGGGAAGUGUUCAGUCUCGGGGAGAUGCCUUAUCCCAAACUCAGCGACGACGAAGUGCUGGAAGGUCUGCAGGCCGGGAAGCUGAAGCUCCCAGUUCCAGAUGGAUGCCCCUCCAAGAUCUACAAGCUCAUGGUCCGCUGCUGGGCGAUAAGCCUCAAAGAGCGCCCCUCCUUCACUGAAAUCGUCCACGCCCUGGGAGACCUGCCCUCUGACAGCAAGGUCUGAGACAAGCAUCACCCCUCCUCCCCCCCGCAUCAGGGCAGAACUUUGACCAACCCCCUUCCUCCAAAACAAAGACAGGAAUGCUGGAUUAUUAGUCUCAAACAUUUCAGGGAAGAGGGUUGAGGAGGACACUUUUCUUAUAUGCAUUUCAAAGUGUGUGUGUGUGUGUGUGUGUGUGUGUGUGGAUAAGACUUCUUUGGUGCGCUCGGGGAAAACACACUCACGUUUGUGUGGAUGCUUUCUUGUGAGCAGUGCCAGGACUUUACGUUUGCCUUCGCCGCAGCAUGGAGGACCCUGAGGGUCCCCGUCUGUGGUUCCACUGUGACCCCGCCGCCCUGUCACAGAACAUCCUGUUUGACAGAGCCUCACAACCUCCGUGCCUCCAGCCCUACACACACACACACACACACACACACUACACACACUCACCCAGACCUCCGUCUUCUUUGUAGUUUGUUACAGUGCUCGGACUUGUGCGGAUCAAUUAUUGGUCGGAGGUUUAGGAAAAAAAACUUAAUGUAGGUUCAGCGCUCCGUCAAGCCUGAAAGAAUACCGAAGGGAAAGUGGGACCUGAUGUACCUUCAGUGGAGCGCUGAAGCUUCAACCCCUCCGGACUGACUGAGACGGUUCAAACUGGUGUGCGCUGGACGGUUCCCACGCUGCAGUGCACGUUCAAAGAAACGGAAUCGGGUUUGCAUGAAGGUUCGUCUGUUACGCUUUGCGAUUUGGAACUUGUGGAAAAAGUAAUCUGUGUUAUGGUAACACUUCAGGAACGUGAAAAAAAGAUCAAGUUUAUAGCCAAGGAAUAUAUUUACUAGGUAAUUGUUCCAGUGUGGGCUUUGUACGUUUUUACAAGUGUGUUUGGUUGUAAUAACCUUUUAGGUGCUUGUUUUUCGCGGCCUGUGGGUAAGAACACCCGUCGUACCGCGUUAUCAUGUUGCAGGCCUGCAGCCGAUUACAAGCGACAUCAUUUCGUCAGAUGUCCCAUCAGUUUUCCUCCCAGGUCCAACUUUUUUGUGCAAUUUUGCAAAGUGGACCAUCACGCCAGGCAAUGUGUACAUAAUGUAGAAGCCAUGCACUAACUUCACUUAAAAAAUAUCCCUCUUUAUCUCUAUCAUGUUGUGUAGUAGAACUUACAGGCGCCUGUUUAUUUAAGAUGAAGGUCCUGUGUUUCUUUUUGUGUGUUUUUUUUUAUACAUAACAUAAAAGUAAAGGUACUUCUCUGAUGCUCCAUAUUCAUUCUCAUCUCGACGUGCGUUCAGUCUGAACCGGCUGAAUAUGCUUUCAUGUACAGAGGAGGUCAAAAGAGUGACUGCCGGUCACCAGUAUUCAUUUAAGUGCCUGGUAAAUGAAGGAUUAUCUUAACUGUUUAUGAUUUUUUUUUUUUUUACAUUAUCUAAUCAAAUGGCCUUUGUUUAUGAACUUGUUUUUAUACAUUGUUUUUAGUGUAACGUUGUGUUUUUAUGAAUGCUAGGCACUCACACCUAGACCUCCUUUUUUAAUCUGCUUCAGCAAACAUUCACAAUAAUCAGAUAUAUCUACAAAAGUAUACCUGCUGCUGUCAAUAAAGGUUCAGUGUUUUUA